GGCCCCACCGCCGGAGACGGGCGGCUGCGCCUGGCACGGCUGGCACUGGUGCUGCUGGGUUGGGUCUCCGCGUCGGCGCCCAGCUCUUCGGUACCCUCGUCUUCCACCUCCCCGGCGGCCUUCCUGGCCUCGGGGUCUGUGCAGCCUCCGCCAGCCGAGCGAUGCCCGGCGGCGUGCGAGUGCUCCGAGGCGGCGCGCACGGUCAAGUGCGUUAACCGCAACCUGAUGGAGGUGCCCGCGGACCUGCCUUCCUACGUUCGCAACCUCUUCAUCACCGGCAACCAGAUGACCGUGCUCCCGGCUGGCGCUUUCGCCCGGCGGCCACCGCUUGCCGACCUGGCGACGCUCAACCUCAGCGGCAACCACCUGAAGGAGGUGUGUGCAGGUGCCUUCGAGCAUCUACCCGGCUUGCGCCACCUCGACCUCAGCCACAACCCUCUCACCAACCUCAGCGCCUUCGCCUUUGCGAGCAGCAACGCCAGCGUCUCGUCCCCUAGCUCCCUGGAGGAGCUUUUCCUGAACCACAUUGUGCCCCCUGAGGAUCAGCGGCAGAAUGGAAGCUUCGAGGGCAUGGUGGCCUUUGAGGGCAUGGUGGCAGCUGCCCUACGCGCAGGCCUUGCGCUCCAAGGGCUGCAGCGCCUUGAGUUGGCCAGUAAUCACUUCCUUUACCUGCCCCGGGAUUUACUGGCCCAACUGCCGAGUCUCAGUCACCUGGACCUUCGGAACAACUCUCUGGUGAGCCUGACAUAUGCGUCCUUCCGCAACCUGACACACCUCGAAAGCCUCCACUUGGAGGACAAUGCCCUCAAGGUCCUUCACAAUUCCACUUUGACUGAGUGGCAAGGCCUGCCUCGUGUCAAGGUGUACCUGGACAACAAUCCCUGGGUUUGCGACUGCUACAUCGCUGACAUGGUGACCUGGCUUAAAGAGACAGAGGUGGUGCCGGAUAAAGCCAAGCUCACCUGUGCAUUCCCAGAAAAAAUGAGGAACCGUGGCCUCUUGGAGCUCAACAGCUCUGACCUGGACUGUGACGCUCUCCUCCCCCCAUCCCUGCAGACUUCCUAUGUCUUCCUAGGUAUUGUUUUAGCUCUGAUAGGCGCUAUUUUCCUCCUCGUUUUGUAUUUGAAUCGUAAAGGCAUAAAAAAGUGGAUGCAUAACAUCAGAGAUGCCUGCAGGGAUCACAUGGAAGGGUAUCAUUACAGAUACGAAAUCAAUGCGGACCCCAGGUUGACAAAUCUCAGUUCCAACUCGGAUGUCUGAGAAGCGGGACUGGUCUGCAUGAGCUGUAGACUUCAGAAACAGGACAACUCUGCAUGAGCUGUAGACUUGAGUUGGUUUUUGUUUGUUUGUUUUGUUUUUCGUUUUCCCCUUUACUAGGCUUGCUCCACCUCCACCCUCCAUCAUCCACAGCAGUGACUUGGACUGAAAGCAGCGAAGGGAUUUUGCUUCCUUGUUAUGUAAAAUAUUGGUGUGUUCUGUUAAUGUAAGAACUUCAACAGUCCUGCAUACAAUGUUUAUUUACCCUUUUCCUUUCGGUAAUCCUCGAUGCCUGCGGAGGGAGUUUUUUUUUCUUCUUUUUUUCUUUUUCUAAAAGUUCCAGCAUGGACACGGACUCUUUCUUAAUUCAGUUCAAGGUGUAGCACAGAUAGCAUUCAACGGAAGCUGCCUCAGAUUUUUUGAGAAAAAUACUUUAUUCAUAAAUAUCAGUUUCAUCCUCGCCUACGUAAAUUAUGGAGAAGAUAAUCGCAUCCCCGAACUGCCUGCAGACCUUAGCAAGCUCUUUUAUAGAACAUAGUGAAGAGGAGCACCUGCAUCCAGGAGCAUGCUUACAUUUUACUAUUCUGCAUAUUAAAGAAAAUUGCAACUUCAGAUAACCUCUUUGACAAACUAAAUUACUUUCUGAUUGCAGUUUAUAGAAAGCUGCCCUAUGGGGUUUCUUUUUCUUUUCUUUUCUUUUUUUUUAUAAACUGCAUUGAGACCCAACAGACUGGAUUGUUUAAAAAAACAAAACAAAACAUCAAUAAAAAGUCUUAAAAGAAA